AUGGAUGCAUUCAAAACUUUGAAAGAUGGUGCUUUAGCUGAUGGUGCUGACGAAACCGAUGACACGCCCAGUCUUCUCGUCGUCAUUUUGGAUGCAAAUCCCGUUUCUUGGUAUUCUCUUGCUCAAAAGGCACCUAUAUCAGAAAUACUUGCGGACAUUAUUGUUUUUAUAAAUGCUCACUUGGCAUUUCAUCAUGAGAACCGUGUCGCAGUAAUUGCAUCUCAUACUGAUUCAGUUGAGUUUCUGUAUCCAACAACAAAAGAUAAUCGAAAAACCAAACAAGUGGAUCCGGAAAAAGAUGCAAACACAUACAGAAAGUUUAGGGAAGUCGAUGACAUGGUCUUAGAAGGAAUGGCACGUCUCGUUGAGUCAACGAAUUCAAUUUCAACAAAAACAAUGAUGUCUGGUGCACUUUCUCGGGCAUUGGCUUACAUCAAUCGCAUACAGACAGAGUCACCUUUACGUUCGCGGAUUUUGAUUUUCUCUUUGUCUGGAGAUGUAGCUUUGCAGUAUAUCUCUACAAUGAAUUGCAUCUUUUGUGCGCAAAAAAAGAACAUCCCUAUCAAUGUCUGUAGUUUGUCCAAAGAGACGCUCUUUUUGGAACAAGCAGUCGACGCUACUGGAGGUAUCUACAUCAAAGUUGAAGAACCGAAAGGGCUUUUACAACAUUUAAUGAUGUCACUUUUCCCCGAUCAAAAUCUUAGAAAACACAUCAAUAUUCCGAAUCAAGCAAAUGUUGACUUUCGCGCUACGUGCUUCUGUCACAAAAAGAUUUUAGAUAUUGGUUACGUCUGUUCCGUUUGUCUAUCGAUAUUUUGUUCUCCUAGGGAUCAAUGUACCACCUGUCAUUCCACUUUUAAAGUGAACAAAAUGAGACGUCUCAAUUAG